AUGCAUCCGUCACCCUCUAUCGCAAUCAUCGGUGCCGGGCCGAGUGGCCUUCUCUUCGCACGCCUCCUUGAGGUGAAUGGACUCAAGGACUAUGUUCUUUACGAGUGUGAUGAAUCGUCCACACCGGGCCCGUGGCAGCAAGGCGGUUCUCUAGAUCUCCAUGGCCCGUCAGGUCAGCAGGCACUCAAGGAAGCGGGUUUAUUCGAUGAAUUCAACACGGUCUACGCACGCUGGGAUGCCUCGCGCAUCCACAUUGUCAAAUCUUCUGGAGAGACAGUUGGGCGCUUUGGUGAGGGCCGUGACGCGCCGGAGAUCGAUCGCCUGCAGCUACGUCAGCUUCUACUGAGCUCUAUACCCGCGCACAAGAUCCAGUGGGGUCACGGUGUGCGCUCUAUUGAGGGGAAGAAAACAAAGAGUCCCGAUGAUAUGGGUAAUGGUCACGUUAUACAUUUUGUAAACGGUAUCUCGGCCACUGGGUUUAGGCUUAUUGUUGGGGCUGACGGGGGUUGGAGCAAAGUCCGUUCUUUGAUCUCAACAGCUCAGCCAGUCUAUUCCGGGAAGAUGUACAUCGAAGGCAAGAUUUCGCACAACAACGAGAGUUACAAAGCAGCCCACGACUUGGCCGGACCGGGAAUGAUGAUGGCGAUGGGUCCAAACAAGAGCUUAGCAUUGCAGCAAGUGGCUGAUGGCACAUACAGAAUGUACUUUGGUGUCGUCGUUGCUGAAGACUUUUACGAACACCGCAAUGGCAGUGCUAUGGAAAAGUCCGAAGCUGUGCGACAGUUGAUGCUGUCUUCCAAUGAGUUCUAUGCCAAUUGGGCUCCACAGCUCAAAUCUAUCGCCGAAAAUGCUGAAGGGCCAUUCCGUGCCUGGAGUUUGCACUAUCUGAAGCCAGAAGAAGUCGGUUGGAAACGCGAUGCGGCUCCGGGUGUGACGCUAGUCGGAGAUGCAGCACAUCUUUCAACGCCAUUUGUGGGCGAAGGGGUGAAUUGCGCCAUGUAUGACGCUGUGCUACUGUGUAGUUGUCUUCGUGAGCUUUGUGGCAAGGAUCUGGAUAUUGGAAGUGUCCAGCAAGCGGGCUUGGAAGAGGCCCUAUCUUCGUAUGAAAAGGAAAUGUUUGAGCGCGGUCGGGACUUGAUCCGGCGCAGCGCAGAGAGUGAAGCAGUGCUUUUCAGUGAUAAUGCGGUGGAGAAUGUUCUUGGAUUUGUUGAUGGAGAACAUGAUGAGCUCCUAUACAACGUGAAGGCCUCGGGUGGCAAAUAA